AGCACGUUGACAGUGGAGGACAUGGAGAAACACAGAACUUGUCGUCUGUUUGUUGUUUGGAUUCUGACCAGUAUGGGAGCAAUUUCUGCAGCAGAAUUGCAGCAGUGGAAUGCCGUCAUUAGACCAAAAUAUACCGGCUUCAAUUACGAAUUCGACAUUCGAAAUGAUCUUAUAAGACAACGCCAUCUACUCCAGACGGAGAUAGUAUCUUCCACGACACUUGCAUAUCCCCAGGAGAAAGACCUCUUAACAAAAAUCAAUGAAUUUUACGCGGACAAGAACAAUAUGGCCAUGUUCUGUGUUUUGCCUGUUAUGAUAAUAAUAUAUGGCGGUUGCAGCGCCAUAUAUUGUGCAGCCAAGUGCAGACGAUAUAUCCGUAAGAGACACACACGGUCAUCUAACCACCACGACGACAAAGCACACAUCAACAAUGAAGAUCAGAAUGAUGUGUCCAACAGCGAGUUUAUCAAUAUUCCUCCAAGUGAAACAGGUUCUCCGAGGACAUUCAUUUCUCCUCCCGCUCCGACAGGGCCUACUCCUCUACCUUGGUAUACUCCUGCAGACCCAAUGGUUCCACCACCAUCUUCUGUACCUCCAAAGUUCACAAGGGGUCAAAAUCACCGUCAAACUAAUCACGGCGACGAUAGGCACAGGGCUUACAAAGACAUAUUGCAAGUCAAAAGGCCGAUGUAUGGGACAAACGGGUACAAAGAUGAGCCGAAAGGACAUAUCUGUGAUUUGUAUGGAAUGGCCUCCCCUGAACACUCCACCGAUAUUAGUGGAAGGGACAGUGUCAUGUCAUACAAGAAUGAACUUUUGGCUAGGUUUGAUGCUUUGUCUACAUUUACCAUGGCCAAAAAAGCUGCAAAUAUUUUGAGAACAGGAAGCAACAGUACAAAGAAAGAGCCCGAUCUCUUUAAUGGUAAACCUAAACAGAAGAUGAUAUUCAUUGCUGAAUAACAUCCCUGCAACAUCUAAGGCUAUACAUCUGGAAAGAGACCGUCAACUACGCCAGCUAUAAUUUAGAAAUGCUGAUCACUGACAAAACGUGUUAUCUAUGAUGUAUUCCAAUAUAAUUAGUGUGUAUAUUUCAGUGUGUCUGUCCCUUGUACUCGAUGUAAGCAGAAAUUCAAGUUAAAUAGCCUCAUCAUUACGAUUGUUAGAAUAAGGGAAACAAGAUGAACACUAUUAUGAGGAUAUAUCAAGAGGAAAAGGCUAUUUAUUUAUGUCCAGUGUUUCAAGGAAUCUAGAAGGCCCCUGUUUCAAUUCUGGACUAGUGAAAAAACACCUUCUCUCUAACACGGUGGUGUAAAUGUAAUGUUUUGGAAAAUGACAACAUGAUAUUUGAAAAUUCGUCUGAUGAAAUCUUUAUCAUAACUUCAUUGACAAAACGCAUGCCAAGUAAGAGGAGACACAACCUAAGAGAAGGGGUAGUGGGACCACCAUUUGAGUUGAUCAAGGUCAACGACACUAUGUAUGUUCCCGUUGCUAUGUGGUGGGAAAACGCCAAAUGUUCAAACGCACGACACCAGAUGAUGGAAAACAGCCCUGAGGAUGUGAUGAGCUAGUGUGCUGUAUGUGGGCGGGCAUCAUCCUGCUGAUAAUUGACAUUACAACCAGCUGAAAAGUGGCAGUACAUGUUUUCCUACAAUACCGUACCGGUUGAAUACUCCAUUCAGACAGGCAGACAUUUGAUUUUAGUAUUGUUUGGCCAUCGAACUACAUGUACAAUACAAGCGCAGGAAAAUUGAAGAUGCGCACGUAAAAUGUAUGUACAUUCACUAGAGGUAUAACUCGUGGAUAUGAAGCGACUGAAUUAUGUCAUUUUAAUGCCCUUUACCAUAGUCAGUUGUGUUCUCCCACGGCUGAUGUCACCUCAGAUAUUACACGUACAUCUCGUUCAACUCGCGUCUGCUGUACUUUCCAAGUCUUGUCACAUAUGGACCACUGGCCCUUGGCAAGCCAUGGGUGUCACCCCGUUGUAGAUAACGUUCCAAAAGACGAUUAUUUUUUGAUAAACAUUAAAAUGGCUGGCAAGAUCGUUUGUUCCAUGCCUCGCUGCAACAUACCUAGGCCGAUAAUAUAAUGCAAGAAUCAACGUGGAUUGUUCACUUUAAAAAAAAAUACGUGUGUGAGUACUAUGAUCCCCCCAAACAGGCAGAGAUCCUAACUGAGCAUGCACGUGUGAACUGUUAAGUCGUGGAGAUUUUUUUUCAGAAUAAAUUCAAUUUUACCGAAAUGUAUAUCAAGUACAGUCACUAUUGUCGCUAGUAUGUAUUGUUUUUGUGUACUCAUCUCUCUGUGCGUGUGCGUGUGCAACCGCCAGUGUAGGAAGCUAAGAAGUGGCAUAUAAAGUUAGUCGUUAUCUUUAUGCAAAUAGUGAAUUUCGAGUGCUGCAGCUGAUCUUAAUGGUUUCAUGCAGUUAGUCAUAUUCAAUGUUGACGUUCUUUGAGGUUAUGCUGGAUAAUGUCUCAUCUAAGGCAUGUACGGUUUUUUUAAAAUUGCCUCUGUUCAUCCAGCAGAAAAUGGGUACCUGUUGAAAUAUGUCACCUGACUUUUAACCUUCCAGCGCAAACAACAGUCCUUGACAAGAGACAUUUUUCAAUAUAUGUUUGUUGAAAUGGCUUUUGA